UCCCCACCUACAGGGGGAAAGCUUCAUGAGCAGUGAAGCAGUUCUGCAGGCCUCUUUCUCUCCUCUAUCUCCACCUUCCUGCUCAAUUUCUCUGUCUUGUCAAAUAAAAUAGAAGGGGAAUUGGGGAGGAGGAAAAAAAUGGCUGUCAGAAGUGGUGGAUUUGUAGUGCAAGCACCAAGCCUCAGAGAUAACCCUGGAGGCAAGAAAAAUAAAAAGCCAGAUUCUGGAUUGCUCUGGUGGCAUCCACCUGGCAGCCUUGGAAGAGGCUGUCAGUGUAACUGUGACCUGCCCAGGGCGGCAGGACUGGCCUGGCCACAUGGGCUCAUGAAGCAGGUGCCCCAUGGCUGGUCUGCCGUCAUUCUGGGCUGCUCCCAGACCCCAUGGUGGGAAGGUGAGAAGGCACCCAGAUAGAGCGAGUGUGCUCCUGGGUGCCUCCAGCAUGCUCUGGGACUUAACCUGUAGUGUUCAACUGUGUCCUCUCUCCCAGGUUCUGGAGCUCCCGGUGUUCCUCCUGACUUGAGCCCCCUUCCCCCCCUCCGGGGGUCAGCGGGGAGCCACUGGUAGCCAGUUCUGACCCCCAGCGGUGCCCCCCCCAAGCAGCAUGGCCUGGAGCCCCAGCUGGAGAGUGGCUGCCUUGUGUGCCAAGGCCGUGGAAGGUGCUGGCCUUGCCUUGUUCCCCGGGGCCUGCAGUGCAGCUGGGUGCUCCUUGGAACCUGCCACGAGAGCUUUUCUGGAGGAGAACACGGAAGCCACCCGCAGCGGCAGCCUCACCCCAGAGAUCGAGCUGCGGCUGCUGACACCCCGGUGCAGGUUCUGGUGGGAGCGAGCUGAGCUGUGGCCCUACACCGACCCCUACUGGGCCAUCUACUGGCCAGGAGGCCAGGCCCUGUCCAGGUAUAUUUUGGACAACCCGGACACCGUCAGAGGGAAGUCUGUGUUAGAUCUGGGCAGUGGGUGUGGGGCUACAGCCAUUGCAGCCAAGAUGAGCGGGUCCUCCCGGAUCCUGGCCAACGACAUAGAUCCACGGGUGGCCACUGCACUCAACUGUGAGCUGAACCACCUGAGCCCUUUCCCUGUCUCCACCCAAGACAUCGUGGGCUCAGAGCCGGCCCCGUGGGACCUUGUGGUCCUUGGGGACAUGUUCUACGAUGAUGAGCUCGCCAACCGUCUGCAGCAGUGGCUGAAGAGGUGUGUGAGGACCCAUGGGACUCGGAUUCUGAUCGGUGACCCUGGGCGACCACAGCUGAGUGGACACAGCAUCCAGCAGCAGCUGUGCCGGGUGGCUGAGUACCCACUCCCCGAGCCCACCCGGCAGGAGAACUACGGGCUGACAGCUGCCACUGUGUGGGAGUUCCAGCCCUGAACUGCCCCCACCCUAUGCUCAGGCCCCCACCAUCUGCCUGCAGACUCGGACGGCCUCUGAGCAUAGAGGCUGGGGGAAGCAUGGUUUCCAGGGAGGGAAGGUGCUACACAUGGUGGGUCCUUAGUUCGGGGCAGAGAACUUCCUGCAGUGUGGAGAGCACAUGCCCUGAGUGUCCGAGGCCCUAGGCUGGAUACCCCCAACCCCCAGGCUCUUCACCUCUACUCAGGUGACUAGUUACACAUUGUGCUAAGCACACAGGUCACCAUGGCAGCUUCCUUGUAGUUUGAAAAUACACUUGUGAAAGGUGGCUGUAUUCCAGUGAAGGCCAGUGGUGACUGCACAUCAGCUGGAAGAGGGGGACUGGGAAUCAGAUGUUAUAGCAGAGUCUGGUCUAGCCUCAAGGG